UUGACUUUUAAUUCUUCCAAUUUCCUUAGGGACUUAUCAAGUGUCUCUCUAAUUGAUCCUUCCUGUUUAUAAAUGAUUUAAGCUUAGUCAGACACUUGUCUUUUUGGCGGGCAAAACGACGAAGCUGCUCACUUGUCAUAGGUCUGCAAAGUUUAAAUAACAAUCUGACCGACAUGAAAGCAAUGGAAAGCUUUCAAAACGCCUUUGGGGAAAUUUAGGCUCCAAAAGUAACUUUUAUUGUCUGUGGAGAAGAUUGAACGAUGUCGUACAAUGCGAUGUAAUCUCGAGCCUGCACAAUGAAUUAUUUAGAGGGAAGAGCCACAAGGAGCUUGGAGCGGCAGAGAAGCAGAACUACGUUCUCCCAAGAAUCAACUGCAGUUGUGAAGAGUGGAUAUUUGUGGAAGAUUUCUCAUCACCCAGGGAGAACUUCAUCUCGAAGCAGAUACUUUGUCCUAACCAAGAGCUCCCUGGAUCAUUUCAGAAACCAUAACAGGGAAAAACUCAAGGGAAGUCUUCCAUUGGCUGCCAUAGAUGCUGUGGAGAAGCUGCGAGAAAUUAACAACUCCUUAAAGAUCACUGGCCCCUUUAAACAUCCACUGAUUUUACAAGCGUCUGGAAUAAAAGAAUGUCAAGCAUGGAUAGAGGCCAUUGAGAAUGGAAUUCAGCAGUGGUGUUUAGAUUCUGAUGCAAACUCAUCUUUGCAUAAGGAAGAUGAAAUAGAUAGCUUACAAUGUUCUUUGAAUGCUGCACCAAAGAUGAAGAUGCUCUAUCCUUCUUUGUUUUGCCCUGUUGGUGAUGGAGUUUUGAUUUCAGCUGCCAGUGAGCUUCAUCAGGAGUUUCCAAUGAUAAAGUAUGCACGUAUUGGGAGGUCAAUUCCACAUGAAAGAGUAUUUAAGCUUGACAAAGACAACUUGCAUAUCAUGUGGAAGAAAAGGGGAAAAGGUCAUAGCUUUUCUUUUACCAACACUUUGUGUUUAGACAGGGUUAUUGAGGUACGCUGUGGCCAACAAACCAAAAACUUUGUCAAGUUUCCUUACAAUGAAGUUGAGGAGCAGUCUUUCUCACUCAUGUUUGAGAAACAACAAGGGGAAUGGAGUCAGUUAUGUUCCUUGGAUCUUAUUUGUGACUCAGAAAAAGCUUAUGAGAAGUGGACAAGUGCAAUGAGAGAGGUUAUUUACAGCAGAGAUCAAAGAGUAAACAGGCACAAAUUUGAUGGUGUAGAUCCAAUUGUCCUCUGGUUGAAAAGGCACUGGUCAGUGAUGUCAUCACGACACAGCAAGGGAAUUUCCGUGGACCAAGCUUUGUCUUUUGCUCAACAAUGCAGUGGAGCUAAACGGAAACUGAUGAGAAAUUACGUUAAGGAUGUACUUGAGGCUCAGUGUGGAAUGGCUCAGCAUAAUGAGAAUCUGCUGUGGAACUCCUUUGUAAUGCUCUUCAACUCUCUAAAUAAACAACCGAAGUUGUACGAGAUGUUUUGUAAGUAUGCAAAGGAAUACCCUGACCUUGGUAUGACACCAGCUGAGUUUGCAGAAUUUCUUAGCAGAGAGCAAGAGGAAACACUAAGUCUAGCUGCUUGUGCGAGGCUGAUGUCAGCUCAUGACAAAUUUCACAUGAUAUUCAAGCAGAGAUGUGCAGGAGACAAUCCAGAUUUCUUCAGAUUGAGUAAAUCUCUUCUGUCAUAUCAUGGAUUUUUAAGUUAUCUCAGAAGUGAAGACAACUCUGCUGUCAAUCCAGAAGAGAAAACUGUCCACCAAGACAUGGAUCAGCCUCUGUCUGAUUAUUUUAUCAACUCAUCUCACAACACCUAUCUCACUGGACGACAACUGAAAGGCAAAUCCAGUCUUGAGGCUUAUGUAAGAGCUCUAUUACAGGGCUGUCGCUGUCUUGAACUUGACUGUUGGGAUGGCCCAGACGAGCCUGUGAUAACACAUGGACUUACACUCACAUCUAAAGUCAGGUUCAGAGAUGUGGUGCAAGUUAUUAAGGAGUAUGCCUUUGAGACAACAGAUUUUCCUUUGAUUUUGUCCCUAGAGAAUCACUGCUGUGAGCAACAACAAGCGAUCAUGGCUGACAUUUUUGUUUCUGAGCUUGGUGAUAUGCUGGCAACAAAUAACCUCUGUGAUGAGAUGAGUAUCAAUACUCUUCCUUCACCAAAUCAGCUCAAGAGAAAAAUUCUGUUGAAAGGCAAGAUUAAAGUCAAGAAAAAGCACAAGAUAUCAACUGCCAUUACUCCUAUAAUCUCCGGUCUUACUCCAAGGGUAAAGAAGACCAGCAGAGUGCUAGUUUCAAGUCAGUCUGAAGCAAUGUUGGCAAGAACACCUUCAUCACAGUCACUCGGUACUAGAUUGAGAUCUUCAACAACAACCACAUUGACAGAUGACAAGAGCUCAACAAGUGAAGAGCAGUAUCACAUAGUCCCAUUAGAAGAUGCCAUGGGAAAACUGAUUGUGUAUAUGCGUGCAGUUCCUUACAAGAGGAGUGAAGUCUCUGGUGACUGCUGUGAGAUGUACUCAUUUAAUGAUGGAGCAGCACAAGAUGCCAUUACAGGGCAUCCAAGAGAUAUUUUGUAUUUGGCUAACAAGCACAUUGUCAGGACAUAUCCCAAAGGUUCAAGAGUGGACUCAUCAAACUAUAAUCCCCAGACCAUGUGGAAUGCUGGUAUUCAAAUGGUGGCAAUUAAUUUUCAAAAACCAGAUUUUAGCAUGCAUCUAAACCAAGGAAAGUUCAGGAAGAAUGGAGGAUGUGGUUAUAUUUUAAAACCUGAUUCUUUGAGAAACAGAGAGAAGUCAAAUUAUCACCCAAUGAUUAAGGAAAGUCCCAAGAAUGGAAAAUCAUGUUACUUCACCAUUGAGGUGUUAUCAGGGCAAUAUUUGCACUUGGAUCAGGACUCUUAUCUUCCAAUUCGUGUUGAUAUUGAGAUAGUUGGUGUCCCACAAGAUUGUGCAUCGCUCAGCACAGAGCCAACUAUGGACAAGCUGAAUCCCCAGUUUGAGAAUGCCAAGCGUCUCUUUAAAAUAAUCAUGCCGGAAUUGUGUCUGGUUUACUUCAAAGUCCAUCUGCUGAACAGAAACAAAAGCAGAAUUAUUUUUCAAAAUGUACUUUCUUUGGACAGUCUUAGACCAGGACUUCACUACAUCCGACUGCGAAGUCCAACAGGUGUUGAGAUUCCCCACAGUGGUCUGUUUGUCCGUAUAAAGCUUCAAGAAUUUGAGCCAUCCUCUUGUAUUGUAAAGGGAACCUCACGAGAGAGACUCCUUACAUUUUAGAUUUACCUCAGAUCUGUUAAUUCUUUCACUCCCCAGAUCUCUUGGAUAAUUCUCCUUACUGUCUGCCAAACAAUUCUUAUGAUCUUAGUUCGGAGAAUUUGGUAUUGUAUCAAUUAUUGAUCUCCUUAUUUAUGUUAUUCUCUAUUCUCGUUAUUUGUUUGCUUGACAUUGUAUUGAUAUUGUAAGGAGAAAUUCUAUCUUGGUCACUGAUGGGAGUUAAGGGAUUAACGUAUGGUGCUAUGUCAAAUUUUGCUAUUUAGUUUCGUUUGUAUUGUAAUCUAUAUUAGAUACCGUUCUGAUCUGGACUGAUAAUUCAAGAAGAAAGAUAUUUAUUUAUUUUUAAUUUUUCAAUUUCUCAUGGGGAAUCGUUUGGAAAAUGAACUAAAUGAAAGGAUAAUGUCAGAUCAAACUUAGGUUCUUUUUUUGAGUUUGUGUAUCGGAGGAAGUUUUGUUUUUGCUUGUUUCUUUUAUUAUGUUGUGUUUGUUGGCAUGUUUGUUUUGCUAUAGUUUUUUUACUCUG